CCCGCACGCGCCGGGAGCGGAGCCGCGGCCCCGCGAGCGGGAGAGUCCGGGACCGGCGGGCUGGAGCGUGGACAUGAGGAGCUGGAUUCGAAUGUGUCCUGGGUUUGCUGCAUUACAGCAGUUCCUGCUUCAGUUAGAUCAGAACCUUCCCUGCUAAUUCAUCAUGACAUAACCAACCAGCCACCUCCCACUGCACAGUUGGAUAAGCUUCUUGUUUCGCAUUGUUCCAAGCACAUGUGACUCAAGGCCUUCAUCAUCCACCUAGUCUGGUACAGCGCCCUGGGAUGCCAUCAGGUGCUCGAAUGCCCCAUCAGGGGGCUCCAAUGGGUCCCCCAGGCUCACCAUAUGUUGGAAGCCCCUCAGUGCGCCCUGGAAUGCCCCAAACAGUGAUGGAACCAACACGAAAACGCACAGCACCUCAGCAGGUACAGCAACAGCAGGUGCAACAGCAGGUGCAACAGCAGCAGCAAGCAACUCAGACCCGAACCCGGAGUGCCAAGAGGAGGAAGAUGGCUGACAAAAUUCUCCCUCAGAGGAUCCGGGAGUUGGUUCCUGAGUCCCAGGCCUACAUGGACCUGUUAGCCUUUGAACGCAAACUGGACCAGACCAUUAUGAGGAAGCGGGUGGACAUUCAGGAAGCCCUGAAGAGACCGAUGAAGCAAAAACGGAAACUGAGGCUUUACAUCUCCAACACCUUUAACCCUGCAAAAUCUGAUGCUGAUGACUCUGAUGGCAGCAUUGCAUCCUGGGAGCUGCGAGUGGAAGGGAAGCUCCUGGAUGAUCUCAGCAAACAGAAGCGGAAAUUUUCCUCCUUCUUUAAAAGUUUGGUCAUUGAGCUGGACAAAGAUCUUUAUGGACCUGACAAUCAUUUGGUGGAGUGGCAUAGAACUCCCACUACCCAGGAGACUGAUGGCUUCCAGGUGAAGAGGCCUGGUGAUGUGAGUGUGCGAUGCACACUUCUCCUCAUGUUGGAUUACCAGCCUCCACAGUUUAAACUGGACCCACGACUGGCCCGUUUGUUGGGAAUACAUACACAGACCCGAUCAGCAAUUAUCCAGGCCCUCUGGCAGUACGUCAAAACAAACAAACUGCAAGACUCCCAUGAUAAGGAAUACAUCAACUGUGACAAAUACUUCCAGCAGAUCUUCGACUGUCCACGGCUAAAAUUUUCCGAAAUUCCUCAGAGACUCACUAAUCUGCUGCUGCCUCCAGACCCCAUAGUUAUAAACCACAUCAUCAGUGUUGACCCCAAUGACCAGAAAAAGACAGCGUGUUAUGAUAUUGAUGUGGAAGUUGAAGAUCCCUUAAAAGGACAAAUGAGUAGCUUUCUCCUCUCAACAGCCAACCAGCAGGAGAUCACAGCACUGGACAACAAGAUUCAUGAGACAAUCGAAUCUAUAAACCAGCUAAAGAUACAACGUGAUUUCAUGCUGAGUUUUUCCAAAGAUCCCAAAGGAUACAUUCAAGACCUUCUCCGAUCCCAGAGCAGGGAUCUCAAGGUGAUGACUGAUGUGGUUGGGAACCCUGAGGAGGAGCGUAGAGCUGAAUUUUAUCAUGAGCCCUGGUCCCAGGAGGCUGUGAGCAGAUAUUUCUACUGCAAGAUCCAACAGCGCCGGCAGGAACUGGAACAGUCUCUGGGAGUGCGUAACACAUAAACAGUAUUCACAACCUCCCAUUGGCAUUGUGAACCUAGAGCCAGUGGACAUCUCAGUGUUACUUAGCUCACUGUUACACAUGGACUUGCUUAAUGACUGGACAAGAAUGUGCCAUCAGCAACACCAGUCACAACACCAGCUUUAGCGUGACCCCUGAAAAUCCUGCUAAUGUGAGUGUCUCAAACCAUUCCAGGCCGGAGAGGGCACAAGACUUCUAUUCCCCAUUGAGGUGUCCAUAUUAAUAAGGAUUAAAUGUUCAUCCAUCUACUUGCA